AAAAUUCUGCCUGCAUUCUGAGUGCAUUCCAAAUAAUCUGGUCCAUUCUUGUGGCCUGAGUCCUAAUGUUUUUGCUCAUGUUCAAAACUUUUGAGGUGCAUUCGUAGUGGAGAAAUACCGGACGGCAUUCGGAGUGUAUUAUAUAACUGCAUUCUGACUACAUUCUAAAUAGUCUUACAGCAUUCUGACAGCAUUCGAAAUAUUUUCAUCGCAUUCGAAGGAGAAUCCAAAUGAGGAUGUCCAUGGCCGGUACCAAUGUAUGAUGUGACUGAAGCUAGCUCUACUUCCUGUCUCAUUCAUCCGUCGUUACAUCUCACCGACCGGCCUGAUGCGAGCAAAACCGAAAAAUGUUCUCAUUCUUAUUGGAAUUGUGUGUGCUCUCCCCCUGACCUGGCUUUCACUGUUCGCAAAGCAAGAUGGUAAUUAUGAACAGCUUUUGGAACAAAGAUUCUCGGAGCUUCGUGAUAAGCUUCAAUCUGCAGAGUUACUGAACAGGCAGCGCGAAAAUGACUUGCACAUGGUACGAAGUCAGUUUACCCAUCUCCUGCAAACACUGGUCCACAGCAAUGUAACCAACAGGACCUCGGCUGACCUCGUCAUGGGCCUGCCAAUGUCCAGUCUACAGAACAUCAGUGACCUCUACUCCCAGGGGUCACUCCACCUGCCAAGCCUCUUUACUUACCUCCCUCACCUCAUCGGCAAGCCAGAGAGUCUCAAGCCACAGUACCAGGUCACCAACAGCAGAUAUGGAACAUCUAUCGUGUUUGGUAUCCCCACUAUUAAGAGAGACAAAGUUAGCUACCUGACAGCGACCGUGAAAUCUCUCAUCAGCGGUAUGUCUCCCAAGGAACGCGACGACUGCUUGAUUGUCAUCUUUGUAGCGGAGCCCUGGAACAUGGAAUAUGUGGAAGAAGUUGGUAAAGUCAUACAGGCCGAGUUUGGUCAGCAUGUAGACAGUGGUUUAGUGGAGAUUAUCGCCCCGUCCCCAGAGUUCUACCCCAACCUGGACAACCUACCACAGACGUAUGGGGACACCAAGGAUCGGGUUAAAUGGCGAACCAAACAGAACCUGGAUUUCUCCUUCCUGAUGUUAUACGCUCGGAGUAGAGGCGUCUACUAUGUACAGCUUGAAGAUGAUGUCAUUGCAAAACCAGGGUAUUUCUCCAUCAUGAAAAAGUUCGCAGAACAACAACACACUGAGGAAUGGAUGCUGUUGGAGUUCUCUGCCCUUGGAUUCAUUGGCAAGAUGUUCAAGUCGGUAGAUCUGCCACUGGUGGUGGAAUUUUUCCUCAUGUUCCACAGAGACAAGCCCAUUGAUUGGCUGCUUGACUACCUCCUGUCCGUCAAAGUUUGUAACCCGGAAAAGGACCCGCGACACUGUACCAGAAUGAAGGCCACAGUGAGGAGGCGAUACAAACCAUCACUGUUUCAACAUGUGGGGAUGAAAUCUUCACUCAAGGGCAAAGUUCAGAAGUUAAAGGACAAAGAUUUCGGUAAGCAGAUGCUCCACCGAGCCCACGCUAACCCCAGUGCUGAACUGUCAGCGAGUCUGAAAAUGUACCAGAAAUACUCCUUCCAGAAGGCCUACAUCGGCCAGGACAUCUUCUGGGCCACCGAGCCGAAGAAGGGAGACCACAUCAACAUUAAACUCAAACAGCCUGCAGAACUUGAUGGUGUGUUGUUUAGAAGUGGAAAUCCUGCACACCUGUCUGACAUAUUCUAUAACACGAGUGUGGAGAUUACCCCGGAAGACCCGGAUAACGAGAACAUUUUGUUGCGACAGGGAUUUUUUAAAACGACUGACGGGUACUUCAUCAUCGGCUGGUUUGACGAGGACGGCCUUGCUGAUUGCCCCCUUCCCGCAGGCAUUGGAAAAGUCGUGAAUAUCAGACUUAAUGUCCAUGCCAAUAGUAAAAACUGGAUAAUUCUCAGCGAGGUUCAUAUAAAAAUAAUGGAACCUGGGAGCUGACAGAAUUCUCGAGAUAGGACCAUAUAUACUAUGUAGUGCUCCACAAGUUUGUGUGGCAGUCCCGUGCGUGUGGUUGUCGGGACGGUUGAACUAGAGGGGAUGGUCCCUGGUGCUGAAAGGGUCUAUCUG